UAUCUGACUGAACCAUCCCCGUACCCCCCUCCCCAGCCCACUGGUUACCCCGUACCUCACUACCCCUACGCUCCUGUCGCUGGCCAGCCCCAGCCCAGCUUUCCCCCACACGAUGCCCCCCAGCCCCUACCUCCCCCUGGGUUCCUACCUUACCCAUCCGCGCCCCCUGGCAACCCCCUCACCCCCCCAGGCAGCCACUACUGCAGCCCGGGCAUCCCCACCCCACAAUCGGUCACUCACCACGGACGCCACGAAGAGGACCCUGGCAUCGUCCAAGCCCCUUUGAUGGGGGUCACUAGCGGGCACCCUUGUCUGGAGUACCUGGCGCAGAUCGACCAAGUGCUCAUCCAUCAGAAGAUGGAGGUCGUGGAAGCUCUCUUCAGUUUCGAGACUAAGAACAAAUACGUGAUCAAGAACAGCCUGGGCCAGAAGAUCUACACUGCCAAGGAGAAGAGUGACUGCUGCACAAGGAAUUGCUGUGGAUCCCUACGCUAUUUCGACAUGAAGCUGAUGGACAACAUGGACAGAGAGGUCAUCCACCUGGUGCGGCCCUUCAAGUGUGUCAGCUGCUGGUUCCCUUGCUGCCUCCAGGAGCUGGAGGUGCAGUCACCGCCCGGGACCACCAUUGGAUACGUGAAGCAGACUUGGCACCCCUGCCUGCCCAAGUUCUCCGUCCAAAACGUGGAGAGAGAGACGGUCCUGAGGAUUGUGGGGCCCUGCUUUGCCUGCAACUGCUGCGGUGACAUCAAUUUCGAAGUGAAGCCUCCAGAUGAGUCGAGGAGUAUUGGCCGGAUCAGUAAGCAGUGGAGUGGAUUACUGAAGGAGGUGCUGACGGAUGCUGAUAAUUUCGGAGUACAAUUCCCCAUGGACCUCGAUGUGAAGGUUAAGGCUUCUCUGAUCGGUGCCUGUUUCCUCAUCGAUUUCAUGUUCUUUGAAAGAGGAAAAAGUCACCAACAGCGAGAUGGAGUGUGGCAAUAGGCUGGCACUGCCAACCAUUGGCCAACGAGGUGAAGAGCGGGUGACAAAUUUUGCAGCCUUCAAAAGAGAUUCUGAUGCCCUAUUGCUAAAGACUUGGAGACAUGAGAAAAAUUAUCAUCAGACUAUGGCCGAGGCCAGUUUACAUGAGACCUGAGGUGCCUCCCAUCUUGGACUGAUGUCAUCCUCACUGGGAGGGGUGAAGCAGUUUGGGUGGGAGGGGCUGUUACUGGGGGAUCCAGAAACAGAAGUAGCUUCUUUCGGGCAUACCCAAUGUGCUCAUGAGUGGCACAGAUCCCUUCCGUUUUUAAAACAAGCCCCCGACACAUCCAGUAUCCUGACCUCUGCCUACAGUCGUCACCUGAAGGUACAAUAAUUCCUCGCGUCCAUUGGAACUGAAGCCUGAAGAUCAUCAGUAACUCCUCCAGCCUCUCUUGUGUGUCUGCCGCUGAACUGGACGUGGAAAGGUGGAAAGGGGGGACAAAAUGUACCCUUGCGGCAAACUGUAAACCAAAGAUAUAUUCUCUUCACCCUACUCUUUCACCCACCGUUGACCCCCAUCCACCCCACCCACCUACCUACCCCCCUCCCCACCCACUCAAUGCUUUGGCUCUUGAUUAAAACUGAGACUCCCCUGGGAACAAACUGUAAGGAUUCCGCCACAGCUUUUCUGCUAGGGAGUGAGCACCCAAUGUCUGACAGACAUGAUCCGUGGACCUGCUCUCUUAAUCUGCGUGAUCCAAUCAGUGAUUUUGGGGAAAAGGCAACUUCCGAUUGGAGAGUUAAAAAAUCCUGGAUCAUCAGUUGCUUUGACCAGAAUCUGUGAGGGAUAAUUGCUCUGGACAUGUACAGAGUCACUGUUUAUUCAGCAGGGUAAGGAUCAUUCACUGUGUAACUGUACAGAGUCACUGUUUAUUCCGCAGGGUAAGGAUUAUUCUGUGGAACUGUACAGAGUCACUGUUUAUUCAGCAGGUUGAGGAUAAAGUAUUGCCUAUUACAGUGUCCCCAAAAAGGUUUAACAAAAGCAAGCUAUAGGAUGAAAGUGAUGAUGCAAGACAGGGUAGGAGGGAAUAGUGAGAUGCAGGAGAAAUGGAUUACUGCUGGGGAGAGAGAGAGGUGGAAGGGGAAGGAGUUAAAAUAGAGGAAGUAGGAGAGAGAGUGAGGGCAAGUGCAAGGCAAGGUGGGGACAGGGGGAGACAGAGCAAAGGGACAAGGGGAGUUUUUUCUUUCCUGGGAUGUAGUUAAGCCAGCAUUUAUUGCCCAUCCCUAAUUGCCCUUGUUUCUAGAGCAUUUAAGAGCCAACCACAUUGCUGUGUGGGUCUGGAGUCACAUGUAGGCCAGACCGGGUAAGGACAGCAGAUUUCCUUCCCUAAAGGGCAUUAGUGAUCCAGAUGGGUUUUUUAUGAAAGUCGGCAAUAGUUUCAAGGACAUCAUCAGAUUUCCAAUUCCUGGUUCUUAUUGAAUUCAAAUUUCACCAUCUGCUCUGGUGGGAUUUGAACCCAGAUCCCCAGGGCACUGGGGAUUAUUGCUUAACUGACAAUACACUAUGCCACCACCUCCCCUAAUGUGGGAGUGGGGGAGAGGGAAAGAAUGUGGGGU